CGGCAACAGCGUCCCACGUGACCCGCGGCCCCAACAUGGCGGCUCCCAGCGGCCGCCGGCCGCAGCCCGCGGGGCCGGGCGGGGGCAGCGCGGCCGCGCCCGGGGCUCUGCGGGGCGCCGAGGAGGACGCCGAGGGUCUCUACGUGGCGGUGGAGCGGUGCCCGCUCUGCAACACCACGCGGCGCCGCCUCACCUGCGCCAAGUGCGUGCAGAGCGGCGACUUCGUCUUCUUCGACGGGCGCGACUCCGAGAGGUUUUCAGACAAGAAAGAAAGGCUGAUGCAUCUUAAAACCAAACAGAGAGAAUUCCAAAAACAUGUUUUGAAGGCCAUGGAAGGCAAAGAAGUAACUGAUCAGCUGAGAUGGAAAAUAAUGUCUUGCAAGAUGAGGAUUGAGCAGCUGAAACAGACCAUUUGCAAAGAAAAUGAUGAAAUGACAAGACACACAGAGGGGCUGCUGAGGAUUAAAGAGGAGAACCAGAAGCACUAUCGCAGGGCUCAGAGGCACCAGGAGAAGAAGGAGAAGAUCCAGAAGCACAACAAGAAGCUGGGAGACCUGGUGGAGAAAAAAACCUGCGACCUGAAAACGCAGUACGAGCACCUGGCCAACCUCCGGCGCGCGCACAUCCUGGAGCUCACCUCGGUCAUCUUCCCCAUGGAAGAGGUGAAGACAAGCAUGAGGGACCCUGCAGACGUGUCCUCAGAGAGUGACAAUGCCAUGACCUCCAGCACUGUGAGCAAGCUGGCAGAGGCACGGAGAACCACGUACCUGUCCGGGAGGUGGGUGUGUGACGACCACAACGGGGACACCAGCAUCAGCAUCACGGGGCCCUGGAUCAUCCUCCCCAACAACGGGGACUACUCUGCUUACUACAGCUGGGUGGAGGAGAAGAAGACUACACAGGGACCUGAUAUGGAACAUAAUAACCCUGCUCAUACCAUCAGUGCUGCAUUGUGCUAUGCAACUCAGCUCGUUAACACUUUGUCUCUCAUACUUGAUGUAAAUCUUCCCAAGAAGCUCUGCAACAGUGAAUUCUGUGGAGAGAAUCUCAGCAGACACAGGUUCACACGGGCAGUGAAGAAGCUGAAUGCUAAUAUCCUUCACCUCUGCUUCUCUCAGCAUGUAAAUUUAGACCUGUUGCACCCCCUGCAUACCCUCAGGAACCUCAUGUACCUGGUCAGCCCAGACACCGAGAACUUGGGCAGGUCCGGCCCCUUCGAGAUCAGCGCCGACCUGGAGGACUCCAUGGAGUUCGUGGAGCCCAGCGCGGCGGGCGAGACGGACGAGAGCGGCGACGAGCACGUGAGCGACGAGGAGACGGACCUGGGCACGGACUGGGAGAACCUGCCCAGCCCCAGGUUCUGUGACAUCCCCUCGCAGCAGGUGGAGAUGCUGCAGAGCCAGAGCACCCAGGUGUCCCAGCCCAUCGCCAGCAGCAGCGCGGGCGGGAUGAUCUCGUCCGCCGCCGCCUCGGUCACCUCGUGGUUCAAGGCCUACACCGGGCACCGCUAGCGGGCACGGGGGGCUGUGCCAGGAACCCCUCCCCGACCGGGCUGUAGUCAACCUUUACCUAUUCAGUUAAGUAGUGCCUGGAACAAAGGAAAGGUCAGACUUCCGUUUUGUAAACCGGAGAAAACCUUUUUAUUUCCCCAAGAUGACUGUGACGGCCCCGUUUUGUAAAUUAGCUCUGUGCUCCCGAGGGAUCCUGCGAGGCCACUUCGUGUCUUGGUUCUGUCUGCAUCGAGGAUUGGCAAAGGACCCAGCGACCUCCAGCUCUACUUU